AUGGACAGCGACAUAUCAAACCAGAGACCGCUUGACAAGGACGAUGCGGUGGCAAUGGUCGGCGAGGUGCAACAUGCUAUUGAUCCCGUUGUGGAAGCAAGAGCCGUGAGGAAAAUUGACUGGUUUUUAAUUCCGGCCAUGAUUUGCGGAUAUGGCCUCGUCUACUACGACAAGGCGAUUCUCGGCUCAGCGGCCCUCUUUGGCAUGACGGCAGAUCUUCACCUCAGCGUCGUGGACAACUCAACUGUGCCUCCCACAGUCGACACCAGGCGUCUCAGCUGGGCUACCUCAAUCUUCUACUUUGGCAUGCUGGGAGGCUUGUACCCCAUGACGUUUGCCCUACAGCGUUUCGACAUGGGAAGAGUCCUCGGCGCCGUCGUCAUCCUCUGGUCCGCCAUCUGUAUGCUCACUGCGGCCGUGACUUCCUGGCAGGGUCUGUUUGUUCAGCGAUUCUUUCUGGGGUUUGUGGAAAGCAUCAUCCCCACUGGGUUCAUGUGCAUCAUCUCAGGCUAUUACACGCAGUCUGAGCAGUCGCUGCGGCAGAGCUGGUGGUUUAGCAGCACAGGUCUGUUUACCAUCAUUGGCGGAGCGCUCAACUACGGAUUUGCCCAAAUCACAGGAGGAGGAUUGAAGAGAUGGCAGUAUAUAUACCUGCUGGCUGGGUCAUUGACGUUUCUCUUUGGCCUCUUCUGCUUCGCGUUGCCAAACUCUCCGGUAUCAGCCUGGUUCCUGACCAACGAAGAGCGAUUUGCAGCCGUGGAGAGACUGCGGCACGGCCAGACGGGAGUGCGGUGCACAAAGUUCAAGUCGUCCCAGCUGAAGGAAGCGGUUCUAGACGUCAAGGUUUGGCUAAUCGCCAUCAUGAUGGCCUCUGCAUACACAGUCAACGGCGCCGUGAGUGGCUUCGGGCCGCUUAUUGUAUCGACUUUCGGCUGGGAUACGGUCGAGUCCAUCGUCUUCCAGUUCCCUCUCGGUGCGCUAUGCUUCAUUGUCAUCCUGGCGACAGGCUAUCUUGGCUCCAAGUUCAGCAACAUCCGCAUCUUCAUGCUAAUCUUUACCUGCUUGCCUGUUAUUGCUGGCUGCGCCAUGAUCUGGAAAAGCACCUGGAGCCACCAUGCUGCCUUGCCCGUGGUAGGAUACUCCAUCACAGGAUUCUUUGGCGGAACGGUCAGCCUCAUCAUCACCAUUGGAAUGUCGAAUGUCGCGGGAUACACCAAGAAGAGCUUCAUGGCCGCCACCAUCUUCGUGGCCUACUGCGUUGGCAACAUCGUCGGGCCACAGCUGAUCUGGUCGCAGACCAAGAGCAGACACUAUCCCGCUCUCUGGCUUGGUUUGAUUAUAUGCUACAUUAUUUGCAUUGUCGCAUCUACGACGCUGUACUUUGUGCUACGAGCCGAAAACAAGAAGAAAAUGGCUCUGCCAGAAGACGAGACCGAGCGAGCAAAGCUUGCAUUUCAAGACCUAACUGACAAAGAGAAUCCAUACUUUCGCUACGUUUACUAG